UCUUGACAAGCAAGUUUAGAGGACAAAAAACAUGGGAAUCCGUUGCUUCGUCAUACUGGUAGUGGUCACCAUGGCAUAUUCUAAACAUGUAAUACCAUAUUAUCAUUUAGAAGACGCGCCUCAACUUUUCGAAAUAUUCAAAAAGACGUAUCAUAGAGUGUACAAAGAUGCCGUCGAUGAAGCCAAACAUUAUGCGGCAUUUGUAGAAGCGUUGGCGCAAAUUAAUAAGUAUAAUUCAGAAUCCGAUAGUGCAACCUUUGGUAUUAAUAACCUCACAGAUUUUACGCCAGAAGAAAAACGACAAUUGCUUGGAUUUCAUGAAGGUAGUAAGUACCCAAAGCACUGCCAUGAUUGUCGUUAUCAGAAGAGUUUAUAAAAUAUAAAUUGAAUAUUAUUUUGAAUAAAUAUAUUUUAUAGUAUUAUGUGCUGCCUUAUGUAUUUAAUCGA